AUGUCUCAGUUCGCGAGGGUGCCUGCAGGAGAUUCUCAGCGGAAUACCGUUACCUCUGAUUUGUACGAUCAACGCGAUCUUCAGGAAAAGGCGUUAGAAACAUGGGAGAAACAAAAACGCAUAUGGGCCGCUGUGCAGGAGAAGAUCCGCCGCCGCGUCGGCAACAACGGCCAGAUACGUGGAGCCUGCAUGAACAUGUCACAAGGGGCUUACCGGGCUCGUGUGCGUGAGGAAGAGGUUGCGGUGGUAAACAACGCGACCCCAUCUCACGUCUUUUCAGGGUAUUACACGUGGGAAAGUACGCUGCGUACCACCGAAGAUAACGGGGCCAUUCGAUAUGUCAAAGCGGGACAAACGAACUUUCCAUACGCGUUGUACGGGAAGCUAACGGACAAACGGCGUCUGGAUGUGGAGCACCUGACAAAUACCCGCGUCGUCUUCCCAGAAGAGCAAAUUCUGAAUGAGGCGACAAGCAGGGAGUUGCAGCGGCCAUCCACGGGUGCAUUCCCAGUCUCCUUCCGUGACUCGAGCUACUACAAAGAGAGGUUUAAGCAAUAUUACCCGCUGAUUGAACGGAAUAUGCCCCACUUAUUGUUACCGCGGGCCUAUUUGGAGGUGUGUGGCCAGCCACCCCCAUGGACGUCCAAGCCGGAGGAUAAGGUUGCGGCGGCGAGGAAAUCUCUGCCGGCUGUCGCGCACGUGCCGCCACCGUCACCCAAAGGGAAACAACAGCAAGUGCUGCAAAAAGAGCAGAAUGGACAAGAGAAGAGCUGCUCUCACGGUGUGGAGGAAACAGACAGUAAGGGGGAGAGCAAAGAUGUCAACUUCACCGUGUCCACGGAGGAAACUGUUGCGGGGGCUCCGUCUUUGGAGAUUUCCACAUCACGUGUCCUCUUUUUUGCACGGCCAGGGGAACUUGCCCAUGGUACAGUGAAGAUUCAUAACAACGGCACGACGACGGUAUACUACAGUUGGGCACCGUUUCAACCGGCCACCGCCCUGGAUGGCAAAAUUGGCAAUGAAAAGGUUGACAGUGAGGUGGAGAAGAAGGAGGAGGAAGAAGAGAAGAAAGGCCGCGAUGAAACGAUUUAUGAAGAAAAGGCCGGGUUCUUCUCGUUGGAGAGUUCGAAAGAAAAGGAGGAGGUGCCAGUGUCGGCAACGAGCGGGGAGAAUGACAUCUACACGAAGGGGACUCCGCAGUCCUCGGUAUGGUCCAAUCAAAAAGGGGAAAGAAAGCCACACCAACUGAACGUCUCUCUUCGCUCCCUGGCGAAGAAGUCGGCGCAAUCCAAAUCCUUUUUUUUUUUGUCCGCCCAGCUGGAUGGCGUUAUUCUGCCAGAUGAGGAAAAGACAUUUUCCUUUUCUGUACGAGCAGCAUUCCCUGGUUGCUUCCUACGGUAUUACGAACUGCUUAUGGUCCCCGCUGCUUCCUCUCGCGUUAUUCUGGAGCUGCGUGCCUUUAUACAAGAUGGUGGGCCAUCAGUUGAGACAAUCUCACGCCCUGUCGCGGCUGCACUCGAGGCCAAGGCCGUGGCUGAUACACAGCGUGAGUUAAUCAAUGCCUUGGCAGCGCACCCGCAUGUGUACGAGGCGGCUGAAAUUGCAAAGGCAACUCAGGAUUGUUUGGAUGCUGCCAAGGCCGCGAAAGAGGCUCAAGAUGCGCUGAUUGCAAGGUGGCGCAAGUUAUGGCACGACUCAACGUAUACCGCUAUGCGUAUCCCAUUCAAUAUUGCCGUCUACGGGCGGCUAACGGCUCUACAUCAAAAUCUUGCUCGAACGAUGUCGGCACUGGAAAGCCCACUCCACCAUGAGGAAUGGGAUGGAUCGGUGCAAACAAUACAGGGUGAUCUUUGCAUGUUGCAUGACGCUGUAUCUCGUAACACGCUGCGGGAAGGUUUUAACAUUCUUCUGCGUGCAGCGAUUGUGAGUGAGCAGGAAGAUGAACCGCUUGAUCUUCUCUUGCAACGUGUCGCUGGGAUGGUCGCAUUCUCGGCGCUGGCUCGGCAGACGGGAGAGUUGGACGACAGCAUCUUGCUCAUCCUUGGAGUGCGCGAUCCCCGCGUGCCGCAAAACGGUUUGCGCUUCCCAACUGGCGUGUUGGGUAGCGGUAGUGGUGGUAUUACUGGGGCCGCCGCUGCUGCAGGAGGGGGACGCAAGGUCGCUGGCGGCGGUGGCGGCAAUGCCGCAGCAAUAGGAGGGGGAGGGGGAGGAAAGUCCCAAGGCAAGGCAUCCAACAAAGGAAAAAGAAGUGCAUCGAUUGAAUCCAAUAUUGGCCGCUUUGGCUCCACCGACAAGUCGCCAGCUCUCAACGACAUGAACAUGACAACUGACUCCGUGACGGAGGUUUCUGUUAAGGAAGAAUACAGUGCUCGCCUAUUCUCUGGAAUGCGACGGCUUGUCGGCGACGCCGUUGAUCAGUUUUGCUCAAAUUUGGACUGUUUUCGAUGCACGAUAGAGGCGACGUGUGCAUUGCCACUACUUGAGACCACCGCCUUUCUCCGCGCCGAGGACACACGCACCAUUCAGAACGCAGUUGACAUGGAGGUUGACUUCACGGUGGAUAUUGCUCCACCAAAGAAGAAGAGAUAA